AUGCGAGACGCUCUUGACCAUGGCUUCACACAUAUCCAAGAUGCGGCGACAUAUCCGAACUACGUCGAUUUCUUCGCGAGGCGCGCUUCGUCCGCAUUUCGAUUAGCAUUAUCUCUGACGACGGAUAAGGAGAUGAUUCCUGAUCGAGCAAACAACGCCGCACCCAAUGCUUUUGAGAGCGGAUCGAGGGGUUUAGAGCAGGCAUAUCGUCAACCGCGCAUCGAACAUGCGCAAAGCUUAACCCAAGAGGACAUUCAGCGUUUCAGCAAGCUGGGAGGUGAUUGCCAGUAUGCAACGUACCCAUGCCACACGGGACGUCGGUUACGCAAAAUUGCGCUUAGUUUUGAACGUGUCAAAGGUGCCUACGCAUGGCGUACGCUGUUUGACAGCAGCGCAAAGUUAGCGAGAGGAUCGGACUUCCCAGUGGAAGGUAUCAAUCCCUUGCUUGGGGUUUACGCCGCCGUAUCACGACUCCGGCCUGACGGCACAUCCCCUCAUGAGCCUCAGGCCUGCUAUGUAGCGCGCCUCGCCUUUUUAUUCUUUACCAACCUUGAGGUCAUAGCCUAUGUGGCGUUCCAGGAGAAAGAGCUAGGGUCGAUCAAGGUCGGGAAGCGUGUUGAUCUGGUUCUGCUUGACCGAGAUAUCAUCAAAGUGCCGCAAGGAGAAAUCCUGAUGACGAAGGUCAACGCGGCCAUCAUCGACGGGAAGAUCACGUAUGGGUGGAUGUGA